GUUUCUGCGCUGAAGAUAUCCAAGAAGGCAUGGCGAAGUCGAGAUUGGUCGACACCGAUAUGACCAAGUACGGAUCGUGCAACACUAGUGAGCCGCCGAAUUGGGUGUUUGGUCAAUUUGGCACCCCAACGAAGGCAUUGAUCGAGCACGACUUCUGCACGAGCCACGAACAUGGAUUGCUUUUGGGCCUCGAUGCACUGAACUCCAAGAGAAUGGUGCUCAAGUUCGACACCUCUGGCAAGAUGGAAUACGUUGAGAUGGCGCGAUCCGACGUGUUGAAGGUGGUGCAAGACGCCACACGACCAGACAAGGACCAUCGAAAGGCACCAUCGCAUCGAAAUGCAUCGGUUGCACCCACAUCCCACAUGACGAGUGGGCAACGGUUGCGGCGGCGAGCUAGCUUCAGUCAAUUGCCCGUGAAUGCCGAAGUUCAGGCAUUGCAUAUGCGCGACCUGCGGAACCUCGAUGACAACAUGGACAACGCCACGUCCAUCACGAUUCGGAGACAAGUCAUUUUGGUCCAUUGCGGUCCAUUGCGUUGCGUGGUCAUGCGCAAUGCGUUGCUCAUGUUCGUUCCCACGGGAGCCGACACGUUGAUCCAGAUCUUACGCGACAAGGUCGCUCAAUGCUGCGCUGAGGACGACGACAUCGCGUUUGAAUUCCGGGCACUCGAGGCCAUUUUCUACACGCUGUGCAAACUGCUCAGUGGUGACUGCGAGAAGCUCGUGGACAAGGUAUCGCUGGCGUUGACGCGACUGUCCAGCGCGUCGUUUGCGUCGGGGGAGUUGGAAACGCUGACGAUCCUCAAGAACAAAGUGCACGAGUUUGAGUCGCAGAUCUUGGACACUCGGCGAAUUCUCAUGGAGUUGCUCGACAACGACCAAGACAUGCGAUUGCUCUACUUGUCCAAGGUACGGUCGUUGCCAUCACGUGUGUCAGUUCGUUCGUGAUGCUGGUGGUAGCUGUACCACAACCCGACGAUCGUCGCAGACUCGAUGGGGCUGGACGUGGAAGAAGCGGAAGCACUCGUGGAGGCGUAUCUGCUUGUAAGAGGAGUUGAUGGAGUCGAGACUGUUGUUGAGAUCGACGGAUGGUGUGGCGUAUGUCCCGUAGGACAUUCACGCGAUGCGCACCAAGGUGGGGCUGCUUCAAACGCGCAUGGUCAACACGGAAAACAUUGUGAUGCUGAAACUCGACUCGGUCCGCAACGCCCUGCUCUCGAUCGACACGAUCUUUGGCAUGGUGAUGCUCGCGAUGAACUUGGCCAUGUUCGUGUCGAGUGCGUUUGGCAUGAACCUCGUGUCUGGCUACGAAACGCAGCCGCAUCUGUUCUGGGCCGUCUUGGGCGUGUCCACGACCGCCGCGGGGGUCCUCAUUUAUGUGGGCAUUCGAUACUUCAAAACCAAAGGUGUGAUCUUGUUAUAACAACCGCGCGACGAAGAACGACGGCAACACCAACCGCCCGAUCUGGUCGCGCACCACGUCGUCGAGAACGUCCGUACGAAACGAGUCCAAAAGUGUCAACCGAUCACACGUCACAGCCAGGGUGUGCGUUGGAUGGGUAGCAUACACGACCACUAAAUAGUGUGAACAUCGACUUCCACGAAGAUGGUUGGAUGGAAUGAAUGAAUCUAGAUACGUACACAUGCGCGCCAG